AUGGAUGUUGUCGCAGCCGUCUCGGGCUACAUCUCCAAGAUGGUGACGGCUGGCGAGUCAACCUCGGGGUCUUCAUCCGCCAAGAUGAAGAUCCUGCUUCUCGAUAGUGAGACAGUCCCCAUUGUCUCGACCGCCAUCACCCAAUCUGCCCUCCUUAAUCACGAAGUCUACCUCAUUGAUCGCUUGGACAAUGCCGCGCGCGAGAAAAUGCGACAUCUGCGAUGUCUGGUGUUUGUACGCCCUUCCCCAAGCUCCAUUCAGCUCCUAGUCGAUGAGCUUCGAGACCCUAAAUACGGUGAAUAUUACAUCCACCUAAGCAACAUCAUCCGCAAAUCAUCCCUCGAGCGCCUUGCCGAGGCUGAUAGCCAUGAGGUCGUUCAAUCGGUGCAGGAACAAUUCGCCGACUUUCUGGUGGUCAAUCCGGACUUGUGCUCUAUGAAUCUGGGAUUCCCCUUAAGCAAGCUCUGGAGCCACUCGCCCGACCUAUGGAAUCCGGAUUCGCUGCAAAGAGGCACGGAGGGGGUGCUGGCACUUCUACUGUCCUUGAAAAAGAAUCCAUUGAUUCGCUACGAAAAGAACAGUUUGAUGGCCCGCAAACUCGCUACAGAAGUUCGGUACCACCUCACGCAGGAGGAGCAAUUGUUCAACUUCCGCCGGACGGAUACACCGCCAAUCCUGCUUAUUUUGGAUCGCCGCGAUGACCCCAUCACCCCAUUACUUACGCAAUGGACAUAUCAGGCCAUGGUGCAUGAGCUGCUUGGCAUCCGAAAUGGACGAGUGGACCUGCAGGACGUGCCAGAGAUCCGACCGGAGCUCAAGGAAAUCGUGCUCGCUCAAGACCAAGACCCGUUCUUCAAGAAGAACAUGUAUCAGAAUUUCGGCGAUCUUGGCCAGAAUAUCAAAGAAUACGUGGAACAAUACCAGACUAAAACGCAGAGCAACAUGAAUAUCGAAUCUAUCACCGACAUGAAGCGGUUUGUGGAGGAUUAUCCAGAAUUCCGCAAGCUCUCGGGCAACGUCAGCAAACAUGUCACCCUGGUCGGCGAGCUAAGCCGUCGUGUGGGCGAGGAUAGCUUGCUGGAUGUGAGUGAGUUGGAGCAAAGCUUGGCUUGCAGUGAUAAUCACUCCAAUGACCUCAAGUCGCUGCAACGCAUUAUCCAGUUGCCAAACGUGCCCGCUGAAAAUAAGAUACGUCUAGUGGCUCUCUAUGCGCUUCGCUAUGAGAAGCAACCGAAUAGUUCCCUACCGGUCUUGCUUGACUUACUUGUGACGGCAGGCGACGUCCCUUCUAAUAAAGUCAACAUUAUUUCCAAGCUUCUUGCUUACCACCACUCUCUGCAAGCACCACCAGUCGCAGGUGGAUUUUCCGAUCUUUUCGAAUCUACAUCAUUCUUCUCUGGUGCUCGUGACCGCUUCAAGGGUCUCAAGGGUGUCGAAAAUGUCUACACUCAGCACUCACCACGACUGGAGGUGACUCUUCAGAAUCUGAUAAAGGGCCGCCUGAAGGAGAUGCAAUACCCAUUCCUGGAAGGCAGCGGGCAUACUCGCGACAAGCCUCAGGAUAUUAUCAUCUUCAUGGUUGGCGGCACCACCUACGAGGAGGCCAAGAUGGUCGCACAGGUUAAUGCCAGCUCUCCUGGUGUUCGCGUUGUCCUAGGUGGCACUAUGGUCCACAAUAGCACUACAUUCCUGGAAGAGGUCGACGAUGCUGUCGGCAGCUGGCCAGAGCCCGGUCCCUCGACAGCUGCAGGACGGCUCCGACGGGAAGUUGGACGUUAA